AUGGAGAGUGAAAUCGACGAGCUGUUUCUUGACUCUAAGAACGAUGCAAUCGACAGAAAUAAAAUCAUCAACCUUGAUGCAUGCAUGAACGAGAUGCCUGGGGUGUAUCCCAAUCUCAGGCAUAUCGAUGCGAAGUGCAAGGAAAUAUACUCAAGCCUUGAGCUGUACACAAUCAAGUUAGAGUCGCUUUCAAACGAGCUAAGGGAGGUUGAGGAUGAAAACAUGAAGCUAGAAAACGAAAUUCUGUACCAAACACAAAUAUACGAGCAUCUGAAAGAGCUGCUGUACAACGUGGAGAUCAAGGAGGAGCAUUUCAUAGCACUUGAGGUAGAGUCUUUCGACAGCAUCGAUGGAAUAUGCAAGAUGGAGCGAGCAUUGGAUGUGCUGAACGGGCUCGAUGCCGAGAAAUACAGUAUCAGGAUUGUGCGCGAAAAGAAGGAGCGGAUAAAUGAUGCACUCCGAAAGUUCUACAAGCGGUUCAUAGCAUACAUGGGAAAGUUUAUGGCUGGCAACGAGCAUGCCCACCAGCUGAAGGUGCACAAGGGUCUGUAUGGCCUGCUAAAAAGGUUCAGAAAGAUAAUUGAGUAUUCUCGCAAGCAGAAAGACUACUAUGCAGUGGUAUGCUCGAUGUACAUGGCACAUUCGAGAAAGCUGUAUGAACGAGAAGUUGACGCACACAUGAAGACCAUGCUGCGGCUCAUCAGGGAUAAGCCAAGCCAGGAGAAGGUCAAUGAUGCGCUUCAGACAUUUUCAGAUUCGUAUAGAAGCAUUGUGCAGUGCGAGAUGCGCUUUCUCGAGAGCAUGGGGCUUGAGGGAGAUGCUUCUGCAAUAUUCAAUGGUGUAUGGAUGAUUGUGAAGGAGUUUGUGGAGAAUGUGUAUGAGCUUCUGGGUAUUGAGACAUUAAAUGGGCUAGGACUGUGCUGGAGAGAAGUGGAUGAAGCGAAAGAAAGCGUGUAUUUUUGCUUCCAGAAGGAGCUUCGAAAGAUGUAUGCGAGACUGGAAGAAGAGUACCUGUGCAAGGAGGUGCAGAGAGGAGACCUGCGAGUUGAGAAGCUGGAAAGGAUUCUACGUGGCUCAAGCAAUGCAGAGCUCAGGGUCAAGGCUGCUGUUCUGGGAAUGGGCAGGAUACUGCAAAAAGGUAGCUCCAAGGGGCUUGAUGAGGCAAUCAGGAAAUGGAAGGUUGUUACCAGGGUUCAGACAGCAUGUGGAGUUGAUGUGAGCGAGAUAGGCGAGGCAGAGAAGAAAGCAAAGGCAGAGUUUGAGAGGCAUUGCAUGGACUUUAUACUUGGCGAGGGAAAUGCGGUAAGCAAUGCAAAGAAGGUAGUGGCAGCAGCAGGCGAAGACGAAGUGUUCAAAUCAAAGAUGGUGAAGAUGAUGCUGGAGAUGAUGUCUUCCAGGAAUGCAGAAGACGGACUAAGAGAGUCCAAGGAUGUUAUUGAAUACCUGAGCAAAGUGCAAUAG